CCUCUGGGGCAGGAACCGGCCCAUCAACAUGAACCAUUAUGCCAAUAAGAAGAGUGCGGCAGAGAGCAUGCUGGACAUCGCACUGCUGUUGGCCAAUGCCUCCCAGCUGAAGGCUGUCAUCGAGCAGGGCCCUGGCUUCGCCUUCUUCAUCCCCCUGGUGGUCCUCAUCUCCAUCUCCCUCAUGCUGCAGAUUGGUGUGGGCGUGCUGCUCAUCUUCCUUGGUAGCCGACGUGCUGGUGGAGGACGGCGUGGUGCGGGAGCUGGGGCGCGACCUGCUGCCGCCCGGGGACGCGCCGGCCGGGCUGCGGGUCCUAGACGCCGCCGGCAAGCUGGUCUUGCCUGGCGGCAUCGACACGCACACGCAGUUCCCCUUCAUGGGCUCGCGGUCCGUGGACGACUUCUACCAGCGCACCAAGAACUGUUCCAGGUGCCUUUUACAGUCUUCCAGGGAAUUGGAGUUUUUUCCAUUAAGAGAAUUUUGUAAAGACCGAAAUAAAUGGAAAUCUGAAGAUGCAACAUCUGGUGAAUACGGCAGAUGAAUCAGAACUUCUCAGCCAAGCUGUAACAGUUUUUGCCUGAUCAUCAAAGAAACAUGCGGUCUUGCAUUAUCCUGAUGGAGGAUUAUGUGUUUUCUGUUGACUAAUUCCAGAUGCUUUUCGUCGAGUGCUGCUUUAAGUUGGUCUAACUGGGAGCAGUACUUGUUGGAAUUAAUUGUUUGGUUUUCCGGAAGCAGCUCAUAAUAGAGGGCUCCCUUCCAAUCCCACCAUAUAUGCAAUAUCACCUUCUUUGGAUGAAGACCAGCCUUUGGUGUGGUUGGUGGUGGUUCAUUUCGCUUGCCCCACAAUCUCUUCCAUUCCACAUAAUUGUACAGUAUCCACUUUUCAUCGCCUGUCACAAUUUGUUUUAAAAAUGGAACAUUUUCAUUACGUUUAAGUAGAGAAUCGCAUGCAGAAAUAUGGUCAAGAAGGUUUUUUUUUGCUUUACGUGGAAACUAAACAUCAAAGCGAUCAACAUAACCAAGCUGAUGCAAUUGAUUUUCAAUGCUUGAUUUGGAUAUUUUGAGUAUGCCAGCUAUCUCCCACAUGGUAUAACGUUGAUUGUUCUCAGUUAAUGUCUCGAUUUGAUCACUAUCAACUUCAACUGGUCUACCCGACUGUGGAGCAUACACCAGGGAGAAAUUCACAAACUACUUUUGACACGUUCCAUCAGUCACAGCACCUUCUCCACACACUGCACAAAUCUUUUUUUGCAUUUCAGUUGCAUUUUACCUUUCUUGAAAUAAUAAAGCAUAUUAUGCCGAAAAUGUUACUUUUUUCUUCCAUCUUCAAUAUUAAAAUGGGUAUA